AUGCUUCCGCUAAUGGAGGAAUCACCCGUGGCCGACGAUAACGGCGGAUAUAGCGGCGGAUAUAACGGCGGCAUGUUCGCUCAGCAGACAAGCCCCGCGCCUCCCUUAUGGACCUCCCUAGACGCCAUGCACGGGCUGGACCACGAAGCUUCUGGGUUCCUUCCACUGGACGCAUCCGACGGAGACGAAUCGCAGCAGCAGCAGCAACAGUCGGACUACACCCACCACCACAGUCGCCAGCCGUCGGAUCAUCUCAACGUACGGCGAGAUCUUCUCGAAGACGAUAACUUCGGCAGCAGCGAGUUCGACCCGUCGUCAGCGGCGAGCGGAGCGGGGGAGUGUGUGAUGCUGUACCAGGACGCGCAGAGGGGGGAGGAGGAGGACAUGGUGGGGAGCCUUAACCUCCGCAUCUCCCCGCAACCCGACGCGUCCGAUCUCACAUCGGCGCUUUUCUCCGAAGGCCAGGCGAGCAACAACGGCGGCGGUGCGACGCUCGGCGGGUCAUCGUGGCAGCUGUGCGACAAUCUGUUCGCAGAGCCGAUCGUCGACUGCGGCGAGCUGCUCUCCGGCGACGGCGACGGCGACGAUCUGCUCGCGGCGUCCGCGGGGCACGACGAGGCGGAGCAGGCGGACGGCGGAAGCGGCGGAGAAGAAAUGGAGAUGAGAGACCCAGCCGCCGCGUAUCUCACGCCGGAAAAGGCACCGCAGAUGCCGACGACUUCGGACCCGGCGGAGGUGGCAACGCCGGGGUGUGACAAUAGCGAGGGCGAUUUCAGCACGCCGCAGGUACCAAGCGCGGGUUUCUCCCGCCCGCGCAGCCGCUGCCCGACGGAGCGGGGACUGGCGCAAAAGGGCGCGCUCAUGACCCCGUCCGGCGGAGCAACGGUGCGCUCAACCCGCGAGAACCUGAUGCGGCGGCUGGGGCAGGCGGGCGGAGCGGCGGAGCCGUGGACCCCCGUAACCCCCGCGAAGGACGAGGCGGGGAAGCGGUCCCCCGACCAGCUUGCGCGCGUGGCGGUGUCGCUGGAUGCGGAACUCGGUCUGUUCGCGGACUCCCCACCGCUGCUGUGGAACGGAAUGGCGCAGCAGCAGCCGCCCCAGACGCAAGGGCAAUGCUUCCAGAUGCCCCAGUACCAACAACAGCAGCAGCAGCAGCAAGUGGCGUUCAGCAACGGACGAAUGCUCGAAGCGUCGAGUUCUCGGACCAUGCCUGCCGGCGCCGUGCAGAGCAUGCUCGGCGCGCAGCAGCAGCAGCAGCAGUACGGGGUGGCGAGUCAACAGCAACAGCAGCAGGGCUUGGCGGGGCAGCACGGGUUCUGUGCGACGCCCGGGGAAGGCGCGCACAUGCGCGCGGACCCCGCGGAGGCGUCCGACAUGUCGCUCUUCUUCGAUAUGGAGCAGCAGCAACAACAGCCCCUGCCGUCGCCGCCGCAGCUCCAGCAGCCGCAGCAGUCCCAACAGCAGUACCACCAGCAGCACUACCAGCAGCAGCAGCAGCAGCAGCCACAGCAGCAGUACCAGCAGCAGCAUCAGAGCCGGGGGUAUCAGCAGAUGCAGCAGCAGCAGGAGUCGGACGUGGUGCGUGAUUUCCUCUCCUCGUCUCCAGACGGCGAUGCUGCUCUCGACAGCUUGGUUCUUGACGGCCUGCCGUGCGACAGACGGCUGUCCUGCCAGAAGAUGCUGCCCAAGGAUCUCGCAUCGUUGAUGAACGACGCUGACGUGGACGCGUCUGCCGCCACGUGGCCGCAGCCAAGCAACAACAACGCCGUGUCACCUCCCCUAAGUAACGGCUACAAUGCUGGUACCCUGAGCAUGGAUGCAGCGGCACCAGCUGCUACUACUGCUACAACUGCGUCGGCCGGAGCCUGCGUGACUCGCCCGCCGUCUGUCUACCCUGCUGCCCCCUCCUCCUCCUACCAAUCCUCCCACCUCCUCACCGCCUCCUCCUCCGGCCCUCUGCUCGGCUCCUCCGCCGGCCCUCCCCCGCCUCCGCGCGUUCUCUCCGCGCCGGCGCCGUCCGCGUCGUCCGCGCAGUCCGCUGCGCCCUUGCGCCUGACGAUGCCGCUGCUGGUGAUAAACCGACGCGCGCCCGUGCCCCCUGCCGCGCAGCCACUGAAGCCGCAGCAGCAGGCACCACCACGGGUGCCCCCCGCGUUUCAGCAGCCACCGCACCCACAGCAGCAGCAGCUGCAGCAGCAGCAGCCGCAGCAGCCACGCAUGCAGCAGCCGUCUCAAAUGCAGAGGCAGAACAGCCAGUCUCGUGGAUGCAGUUUGCCUCAAGGAGCCGUCGCUGCUCCUCCUGCACCGGCUCCCAAGCAGCCUGCUCAACGACCAACGUCGUCCGGAGCGGAGGUGCAAGUGAAGGAGGAGCCAAGCAAGGCCGGGAGCCGAGCAGGCGGAUUGACUGGAAGCAGCUCUCAGAAGGAGAGUGGUAACCAGGCGUUCCAGGAUGACUUGGGGGAAGAUGGAGCGGUGGAGGACGGGGAGGACGACGAGGGAGGGGUGAUGGUGGGACGAAAGAGGUCGUUUGUGCAGAAUCCGGCUGCUUCUGCUGCGAGGAAGAGAAGGCAUGACAUGAACCAGCGGCUGAAAGUGCUCGUGGAUCUCGUCCCUAACAGCAGCAAGGUGUGUGCGAGUACUGAAAUCAGGUCUCUUUCUCUUGCCUUAUCCGAGUCUCAUUUUGCCUGA